CACCAAUUCCUUCGUUGUGACCACUAUAAUAUCAGAAGGAUCGCAACUCGUGACAACAUUUACAGUCACCUCGAGUAUGUCGAGCUCCCCAGACAUCAAGACUGUUACCGAAACAGCACCACCACCUCCUGUUCAAUCUGAUCUAUUUGGUCAGCCGACGCCACCACCGCAGCAAGGUACUCCACUACCUACCCCUCCGCAACCGGGUGCUCCUUCACCUUCCCUACCACCCCCAACCCCUUGGGUCUUCGAUGCAGUUAUUGACGGGCAGACAUACCAUCUUCCAGGCUUGAAUGAGCCGCCCGUCGAGGUAUUACUUCUUGAUGGUAGUGUUGGCGUACUCCACUCUAACAAGGUUAUACUGCGCGGCCAAACAUUGAAUAUCCCUGCUGGGCUGACAUCUGCUCAAGAGAUAUCCGUUGGGGGUCAAACUAUCACGGCUCAGCCUGGGCCAUCCACUAACCUUGAUCGUGGAGGUAAUGGAGGUGACAACGGAGGAGGCGGUGGAGGCCCCCUUGCAGGCCUUUUCAAAGGGAUCGGAAAGGCCGUUGGUGCUGCGGGUAAAGCCGUGUCAAGCGUUGCAGAUGUCGGAAAAAGCGCCGUGGACUUUGCAACGGGGACCGGUGGUGCAGCAGCCGGCACCGUCGCCAACGCAAUGGGAACCGCACUGGGUAACGUUAACGACGUCGUUGCUACCCUCAACGGUCUCCGACAGGUAUUUCCCCUGGACCAGCUUUCCUUUACUGCACUGGGCACAUUCACAUCGGCACAGAACCUUGGGCGUGGCGUCUCCAACUGGCUCACUGCGACCUCGAAUGCGCUUAAAGGGUUUGACAGCCUCACACCGGAUAUGCAGAAGCGGGUCAGAGAUAACAUCAAUGAAUUUGGUAAGCCUGGUGGAGAGGUUGAAAGAGCGGGUGAGGCGAUGAGAGCGUUUGAGGAGUUUCCGUGGGACCAGGAGAUUCGGCAAACUUCUGCGGUCAGUAGCGGUCAGCCUGCUGCAACUGGAACAACUGGUGCGAGCUCUGAUCGAGCUUCGCCAACUCAGACCACUGCUUUGACAACGGAGAAUCCUCAGGCGACAACCCAAACAACCUCAAUCACCUCCUCGAGCAAACCGGCCUCAUCACAACGCCCUGAACAGACGCCAACUCCACAUUACAUCUGGACAAAAGUUGGAACCUCCAUGGAUACCUUUGAACAGUUCAUCCAACAGCUCGAUGGGAGUAAAGGGGACAAAUCCAUUUUUGAAAGCUUUGGGAACCAGGUCUAUCUAACCGACCUCACUUCAGAACAAGCAGCUUCAUUGAAAGACAGGCAUGAUUUCAUCAUGCAAGUCUAUGAGCCGUCCAUUGGGGACUUGAAUGAUGAGGGCCCUCCGGAAGAAUUCCUCGCGAUUCCCACAGGCAGUGCCAUGCCACCUCGCCAUUCUACCCAAAGCACUUUCCAGCAAGGAGAGCAAGCUGUACAGCUUACCACAUCUUCAAGCUCACGUUUAGAUCGCAGGGGUAUGAUUCCAGCAUCUCCUCAGACACCAUACUGGAAAAAGAUGAUAGCACAAGCACCAGGGUCCUCUAGCAACCCAUCACGUCCGCCUCUCUUUAUAGCUGAUGAAUCCGGUGGUAAGGGAACGACCAUAUACAUUCUUGACGACGGCUUUGAUGUCGACAUACUCGAGCUAGCAUCGCAGGGACGUAAGGUAGAGCACUUCGUGGCUCCGAAUAAGGACACAAUACCUCCAAGAUUUUUGGAAAACCAUCAGCGACUCUUUCCUAACCUUCGCAUUCUACCCGAAGAUAUACGAGGAGUCUCCGGUCAUGGCACGAAGAUGGCUUCCAUAGCUGCCGGCAAAACUAUUGGUGUUGCUCCAAAUGCAGACCUCUACCUGUUGAAGACGAAAGGGGCUUUUAAUAGAGGAGACGCGCCGGAUCGUCCAGACACUGCCUUAGGUGCACAGGCCGUAGCCAUGUUAGGGUGUCUCAAUCGCAUCCAGUUCCACGUAGAGAAUAGGCUUAAGGUCGAUAAAGAUGCUAAGUCUGUUGUCAAUAUGUCGUUUGGUUUUCCUGCCUCAGAUGGCGAGUCCCAGCACAUGGAAGCGGCGUUUAUCGAGUUCUUCGCAUGGGCGGAGAGAAGACGCAUCCCUGUUGUUCUUGCUGCGGGUAAUGACAAUUCUCGGCCUCUCCACCAGGGCAUUCCACGGAAGUGCGGAACGCCUGACAACAUGAUCAUCACAGUUGGAGGAGUGCAGGAGGACGGAUCGCUGUAUGAGCAAACAGCCCCUGAUAUUCCGAAUGAGGAUGGGUCCAUGACCGUUUUCGCUCCGGCUGCGGCUGCUAUCACGUCUGGCCUUGUUGCCUACAUUUACGGCUGCAUUGGCGUAUGCCUAAUCCACGACCCAAGCGUACCCUCGCCAGAGGAGGACAUCAAGAAGUUCUUGGUCGCCCAUGCAUAUCCCAGAGUUCCACUACCAGCAGCUCCCCCUGAAGGCUGGUCCAGCAUCCCAAAACUGAACGUCGUCUAUAACCUUGCAAAUGGGGACACGGCGCAUCCUGAAUCACCCUGUGCAAUUCAUUUCCCAAAACGCCAAGAUCAGAAUGUCACGGCGUGUUCUGCAAUCUCUACCCCAAUAUCUUCUACACUUUCGGCGAGCCAGAGCAUGACUUCAGCGACCAUUCUUACCACGACAACAGAGGCUGCCCCGACUUCUACGCAGAUCCCAGCCGCAACGUCUAUCGCAAGCAGCCCUCCCGCUGCUUCUCCACCUUCCGACCCGCCGAAAACCAUGUGCCAAAUAAGUGUGAGGGAAAUCGACAAUGCCGAUCCUAGUAACCAUGGCGAAGAAGCAUGGAAGGUGGGAAUUUCCCGUGCGGGUGCGUCGGCCAUCGACAGUGAAAUACCCUUCUGCUACCGCGCCGAGACGACCGAUGAAAGAGCAGGUAUCGAAGUCAAGUGCCCCCAUCUCGGAUCGAGUACGAUCUCCGUAAGGUGAGAAAAUGGCGAUGACCUGCGUUUUAUCUGGGGGGAUAAGACGUGGACGGCGUGGAAUAAUGACCGUUGUAAACUGACAGAGGGCUGGCAUAAUACCGACUUUUACGGAAAGGACCGAAGGACGCGGAAGAUUGAAUGCACUUUUGAAUGCACGGUUGAUAGCUCUGUUGCGCCCUUUUACGAUUACCCCGAACUCAACCAAACGAUAAGGUCACCUUUCUAAUAUAUGACUUUGGGCCAUACCAUUCUGCAGCAAGGAGCUGUA